AUGGAGGGUUUCCCCCCCAACUCCUCCCUGAUCUUCAUCUCUCAUCGAUCUUCAAACUGGUCUGAGGGUGAGACGACGUACGAGCAGUGCCAGGACAUGCCCGGUGUUCUCAUCUGGUAUCUGAGUCUGCAGUUCACCAACAUGCUGCUGGGCAUCCCCACCAACCUCAUGGUGCUCUGGCUCAUCCACAAGAACAAAGAGGACUCAUCGACUUCUGACAUCUUCAUCUCACAGCUGGCUGUGUUAGACGUCCUCUUCUGCCUCAUCCCUCCUUUGGAGCUGGUCAGCCUGGUCUUCUUCAACCACAGCACCUCCUGGUACGUCCUGCGCUUCUUCUAUGGAAUCAAAGACUUCUCUCCCCUCUUCCUGUCGUGUAUCUGCCUGGACCGCUACAUGGCGGUGAUCCACCCCGUCAUCUUCACAAAGCUAAGGGACCACGAUUACAGAUCCGCUCUAGCUGUGGUGGUGUGGAUCAUCAUCCUGGCGUACGCUUCCAUUAAAUGCUUAGGAAACGUCCCCAACUUUGACAAAGUCUUCACCGCAAUGAUCCUGAUCGUUUUUACCUUCAUGGUGAUGUGCAACAUCACAAUCAUGUGGGCUCUGAAGCAGUCCGGGCCCAACAGAGAUGAGAUGCAUCCAGUGAAGAAGAGAGCCUUCAAGAUGGUCCUCAUCAUCCUCGCCAUCAUUCUGUUCAACUACCUGCCAGCAGUUGCUCUUUUCCCCUUCCAGAAGUACUUCUCUCCUGGGGUGUUCAAGUGCUACAUUCACUACAUCGCUUUUGGCCUGAUGGACUUCAGCAGCAGCAUUCAGCCGAUACUCUACCUGUCCAAGGAGACGCUGAGGUGGAGACACACCUGCUGUCCAAACAGGGAGACACAGACUUCUUAG